AUGCUGGAGGGGUCUUCGGACGAUGAACUUCCCCUGUCAGGACGUCGUCAGGUUAUGGUCCUCAAGGACUCUGAUCUAAUCGUAGCUGCUGGAUGCGAACUGAGGAUAACUUCUCUUUCUGACUCUAAGCUUGGGAGGAGUACGAACAAGUCGUUCAAAGUCUUGAACACACCAAAUAUCCAAUUUGGGAUCCACCAACUCGCACUAAAUCCAAGCGGGAAGCUCAUAGCUGUGGCAGGAGCAUACCAGGUUGCAGUUGUGGUCCUCCCUCGCGCUGGCUAUUCCAAGCUUGUGCCUUCUUCUGUGGACUGCAAGUCAAUCCAAGUAGGAUUUUUCUAUCAUCAUUCGCAUUCAUCUGCCCCCAUAGCCAAGAUCGAAUGGCACCCAUGGGGCGAAGCAGGAUCCACUCUUAUGGUCAUGACUGUCGAUGGGAAACUAAGAGAGUAUGACAUUUCGGUUGAUACUGAAGAGCCCCAACAAGUUCUGUCCUUUGUUCCCGAGAAGAAGACCUCGAAGUCAUAUCUGGCUGAAGAUCCAGCCGAACGCGAGGUCGCAUCAUUCACUCUAGGAAAGGGAAAAGCAGAUUGGGGCCCGCUCACCGUCUAUGCCGUUAUGAGGUCAGGGGACAUCUAUGCUAUAUGCCCCUACAUGCCCCAAAACGCAUCUGUACCAUCGUCUUACGUCCACGCCCUGGAGUGUUUCAUUUCCGCCAAACAGGAGUUUCUAUCUCAGGGAACAUCUAGUGGGAUAUCAGCCCUUUCGACGCUCUACGACUACCAGCGGAAAUAUGUUACAGCCUUACUGAAGCAACUUCCACCGGGGACUGUGUACCCGGCAAUCUCUCGCUCCUUCUCUAUGCACCCUCCCAUGAGCAUCAAAAGCCAACCGAUGCGUCAGGGGCCUUUCCUCCUCCAACCUUCGCCUCGAUCAUUGGAAGACAGUGAAGGCGGUGAUGCAACGGACAUCGCGUAUAUUGCUUUCAUUCGUGAUGAUGACGAUGAAGAUGCAGGCGAGACUGAGCGUCUUGGGGUUGUCAUUAUCACUCAUCAAGACGGUCAAGUUGAUGUGUGUCUAGACGUAGAGAAAGUUGAAGCACGGUGGGAGAGCAAACAGGAUAAAUCUCAGGACUUGCCUAUGCUAGCAGUUUACGAGUGCAUAGACUUGGGCUUGAUUUCGAUGCUGAAACAGACAUAUCCUUGUUCAUUGGGCACAUCCAUUCUCGACCUCCUUCAAGCAAACUACCCUGUCUUAUUGAUGGAUCCGAUACAUGACGAUACUGUCUACGUCUACCAUGCUUUUGGCGUCCAUGUCCUUGAUUUUGGAGACCUACUGCAAUGUCUCACCAGCGGACUCCGUGCAGAUGAUGACGACGGUGUUGCAUUGAAUCAAGCAUUGCAAAAGUCGGCAGGCACGCAUGUCGUGCCUUUGCUGAAUACCUAUUCAGUGGACCGAAGAUGCUCCAAUCCGAUUAUUGCUAUAUCUGUGCCAAACGACGUCUAUCUCUCAUACAGUAUUCUAAUCCUUACCUCCGUCUUCCGUUUCACAUCCUUCCCCCUCAACCUUCGUACCGAUCUUUCUCUCUCUCGGACAGCUCCUGAUCUUCCUGACAAAGAUAAAACUUCUGAAGCGGAGGAUUUUCUUGUGCCCAUUGAAGGGCCAUCGUCAUAUAUCUCGCUUUUAGGCACGGAGCCCUUCGUGCCACCUCCAGUGCUUUCGCGUCCCUCUGGACUGCCUAGUAAUCCUCGCAUCGCGGUCGGGAUCCCAAACAUCAAAACAGAAUUCGUGCUCACCCCUGAAACAUUGCGAUAUCUGGGUUCAACAAUUGAAGGCUUGACGUCACAGAUCCACGAAAUUAUCCUCGCAUACAAAGCCACAGAAGUACGAGCCGAACUGCAGGCGAAGGAAUUUGAACGGCAACAACAGAAGUGUAGUGCGAUGCUUGAUAUCAUUGAACAGCUGAGCACCUCGCGGAAAAGCGCAGUCAAAGAGCGGCUUGAGAGAAUACGGGAAGCAUACAGGGCGCUGGCAUCGAGGCUGGAUCACAGACUGCAGACGCUUAUGCAGCAAGCAUCGCCGAAGCUUAGUGAAUAUGAGACAAAGUGGUUUGAAGAAUUACGGAGGAUGAAGGCGGAGAUCGUUGGGGCGGGCAGGUACGACGAGCAAUCGCUGGCUGCGCGGACAUCACUGCUCAAACGCGAGUACGAUCGAAUAUUGCCCAGCUUGAAUGACAUGGCUGCGAAGGAGACAGAGCGCAAGAAGCAUUUGAGUGAGAGUGGACUGGGAUUAUCCCAGGCUUUCCAGUUUGGAGAGCGAUCAAACCAAGAGCGCACCAAGAUAGCCGAGCUGGAGGAAGAGAUCGUGAAAAUGGCAUCGAACUUGGAACUUUCGUUGACUCGCCCGCCAUCGCUGCGGGAAAGCCCCUAG